AUGAAGCUCCGUGGAAUGACACCCUUUGAUGGACCCUGCGCUUCGGGACCUGGAUGGAUACUAGUUCAAAGAAGAUUCGAUGGAAGUGUGGACUUCAACCGCACCUGGAAUGAGUAUAAGGAAGGAUUUGGCAAUAUCCAAGGAGAGUUUUUCAUGGGGCUGGAUCGGCUACACUUGAUGACUUCAUCGGCGCAACAUGAGCUUUGUAUUAGGAUUGCGGACUUCGACGGGGAUUCCGCCUAUGCCCACUACACUCACUUCGAAAUCGGCAACGAGGAAGAAUCAUACGAGCUAAAAUAUAUCGAGGGAUAUUCAGGAACAGCUGUGCCCUUAAUGGCCCAUACGAUGAAGAUGGCGGGAACGGAGGAAUAA